CGAAAGUAGUAGGAAGGUUGCCCCCGGAUUGAAACGGUGAAAAAGGAGCGUGCGAAUAAAACAGAGUGCGAAAAAACAGGUCUACAAACAACUGCAGCAACUAUGACAACUAAUAUGUAUCGUGUCGGAGAUUAUGUGUACGUGGAGAUGUCACCAAUGACUCCGUACCAGAUUCGGCGCAUUGAAGAACUAAAUAAGACACCGAAUGGCAACGUUGAAGCAAAAGUUAUGUGUUUCUACCGACGAAGAGAUCUUCCGACACCCCUUGUGCAAUUAGCUGAUAAGCACCAAAUGGCAACAUCAGAGGACUCACCGGUGGCGAUGAAACUGAAGAAGAUGUGGCUAAAGACGCCUGUUAGUGAAGAACAAGCAGCCCAAGCAGUACUGGAUCCUGCGUUAGCUGCCCUGGAAGAAGAACGAAACAGUCCGAACAGUACCACGGGAGGCAGUGAACGCGGAGAGCAUCUCAAUCCGAAGCAGCGUCACCAGAUGAAACAACGGGAGUUGUUUCUAUCGCGGCAAGUGGAAACUCUUCCUGCCACCCAGAUACGGGCCAAAUGCUCGGUGACACUGCUGAACGAAGAGGAAUCGCUGCUAAGUUACUUGAACAAAGACGACACUUUCUUCUACUGCUUAGUGUUUGAUCCGACGCAGAAGACGUUACUGGCGGAUAAAGGAGAAAUUCGCGUCGGUGCCCGCUACCAGACAGAUCUGCAGCACAUGUUGAAAUCAGGCGAGAAAGACGAGCGCAACUUGGACGAACUGGAAACACUCGUCUGGACUCCGCAGCAUACGCUCACGGACAAGAAGAUCGAUCAGUUCCUGGUGGUAUCGCGAUCAGUGGGUACCUUUGCACGGGCUCUCGACUGCACCAGCUCUAUAAAGCAACCGUCCCUGCACAUGUCCGCUGCCGCUGCUAGCCGUGAUAUUACUUUAUUUCAUGCAAUGGACACCCUUCAUAAACACAACUAUUCGAUAGAGACUGCAAUGUGUUCACUGGUACCGUCUAGCGGGCCGGUGCUGUGCCGCGACGAGAUGGAAGAGUGGAGCGCUUCCGAGGCCAAUCUGUUCGAGGAUGCGCUUGAGAAAUAUGGCAAAGACUUCAACGAUAUCAGAAACGACUUUCUUCCCUGGAAAACGCUCAAGAGCAUAGUGGAAUACUACUACAUGUGGAAAACGACCGAUCGGUAUGUGCAGCAGAAGCGUGUGAAGGCCGUUGAAGCGGAAUCCAAGCUUAAGCAAGUCUAUAUUCCGAACUACACCAAACCGAGCCCGGCCUUGAUCACCAACAACAACAAAAGCAUCCUGAACGGUAACUCGAACGGCAGCAAUGUCGACAUGAUGUUCAACAGCAACCGGGCAUGCGAAUCUUGCGCCACAGCAUCAUCGUCACAGUGGUACUCUUGGGGACCGGUGCACCUGACCAACCGGCUUUGCCAGAGCUGCUGGAACUACUGGAAGCGUUACGGUGGCCUUAAAGUUGCAUCCCGAUUAGCUGAUAACGGCGAGGUCGACACGACGACGGUAUCCACAGUCAACAACAGCAAUACCGCUUCUCCGGUAUCGCUGAAGAAGCGUAAUGCAGGCAGUGAUAUCGACGAUGAUCUGACGAUUGUUGCCAACUCUGGAACGCUCGGAACAACGGGCUUAACAAUGGGAGGAGGAGGAGGAGGACCGGUAGCAUUGGUCGCCGGUGCUGUCACUGCCGCGGCCGGAGGAUUGAGUAACCAUCGGCCGCAUAGUCCGUCGUUUAAGUGCUCAAUUGUGAACUGCGGCAAGGAGUUCAAACUUAAAGCUCAUCUUGCGCGGCACUACGCACAAGCGCACGGCAUCCAGAUACGGUCUGGAUCUCCACGGCCCAUCAUGAAAACACGAACAGCAUUUUAUCUGCACACGACGCUCACUACACGACUCUCGCGACGCCUCUGUCGGCACAUAAUCCGCUCGAAAAAAGCUGCCCGGCAGCCAUCCUACGCAAUCAACAUUGCCAACGUGAAACAAGAGUUUGCUCAAACUGAAACGACGAGAAGUCCAGCUGAGAUCCGGCGAUUGCUUACCUUCCGCAAAAAGGAGCGUGGUAGCGUGACACACAUCGCCAACCGUCUCGGUAACCCUGGUGCCACGGUAGGCGACUGGUUGCUGUUGACACCGAAGGACAAAAUGCCAAAGCCGGAGGUGGUAGCAUUUCCGAAACCACCGAAAGCACCGGACGGAACGCUGUUGUACGAUCGGAUACCAAAUAAAAACGAAGACGCAGCACCGACAUGCGGUAAACUAAACGCGGUUUCCGGAGGGUCUCCUGCAGCAGCAGUGCUUGGCGGUUGUACUGCAGCGGUUAAUAUGGCGUCCACCGUCGGUGGAGCACUCAGCGGUAAAUUGGCACCAUUGGUGGGCUGUGGCGGUCUGGCGGUUACUCCGAUUGUUAUUAGCAGCAACAGUAGCAACAGCAACAAUACUUCCUCGUCAGGAGGAGCCUGCACAGUAAUGGCUCCAUCUGCUGGUGGUGGCGGCAGUGGAAACAGCGUUGCUAAUCUUCAUCCCACAACACUGACCACAAAUAGCAACUCUUCCAACAGCAGCAAUAGCGUUUCCUCUUCAACCACCUUAUCCGCAACGGGAGGAACCUCUCUGAAGCGGCGAACUUACGAGGAUUCCAACGGAGUCGACGGUACGAUUGCCCCACCAGCGAAAAGACCAAACAAGGAUCCAAUGCCAUCGCAUCGUCCGACGCCCGAACAGUACGCGGCAAUGAUAGCCGCCGCUCAGUCGGCCGGCCAACCUCUUCCACGACAUCAUAUGAAUGGUAAACCAAAAAUUGCCCAAAUGGCACGGACCGGUUCCGGUAGGAAGCAAGUUAUUAGUUGGAAUGAUGCCCCGGAUGACGUCUUCUACCAUUCCACCAAAGCGUGCCGCAAAUUACGGCGCGAGAUCCCAAUGCUUGAACUACGUCGUGCUGCGAGGAAACCGUGGAGAAACUUACACCCCAAGUACUCAGCUAUUGUGGCCGCAUUGUUGCCCGUAACUCCUGCGGCACCUAGCCUGCCGGCACAACUCACCGCACAGCUCGGACACGCGGCGCAGUUAGUAGCCCAUCCUACGGCCACCAACCUUAAUCUUAAUCUCAACGCCGCAGCAGCAGCCGCCGCCGCAGCGCUGGCCGGUGUUCAUCCACUAGCUGCUGCCUCGUCGCUCACCCUCAGCGGGACAUUAGGUAGCACUGGUGGGAGCGGCGUUGGCGGUAACGCCCCUUCCAUUCCCAGCGCCGGUGGGGGACUCUCAACUUCAUCCUCCUCCGCGGCUACCGGUACAGUUGUGAUGGGUAGUGGUAAUACCAACAACACAACCAGUACUAACAGUGGAGCAAACAACAGUAGCAGCAGCAGCAGCAGCAGCAGUGCAAUCACUGCCGAGAGCAAAAAUAGUGAACUGCAGGUUGUAAUCCUAGACUGACCCGAACCGCCGAAAAACCUGCAAUUUUCCG